AUGGCUAAAAGCCAGAGUCGCCCCCCUCGAAGAAAAGCAUGUAGUAACUGCAUUAAGUCCAAGGUACGGUGCACUCUAGAUCGACCCGCAUGCUCUCGAUGCAGGGUGACCGGCCGAAACUGCGAUUAUGGUACUACGACUCUGGCUUUGGGGCAGCGAAAUUUCUCUCGCCUACAAGAAGGACAUAGUGGAGAAGCCGGUUCGUUAGAGAGCCAAAGUGUAACUUCUCCUUCAGUCCCAGAAUUCACUUCAAGAGGACUGAACUUCGAAGCGAUCAAUUUGACCCCUAGCUCUAUUGCAGAGGAUAUUCGCGACCGGUGGCUUAGGCCGUUUUUCCUGCCUGCGCACGGGCGUAGUGAAACUCCGAAAGUCUGCCAUCCUUAUACCUUGCAAUUUCUUGCACGGAUUCUGAAGACAUAUCCACGAUAUAUGUUGAGAGACGGACGACCGCCUCCUAUCAUUCACCAUGUUCAGGUCACGGAGAAUAAGACGCCUCGAGCACUCGCGAAUUGCUACAGCCUGGUACGUAUGUGGGAACAGGCAGUCCCGGGGAGUGAGGAGAUAGUCAUGAAUACGGUCGCACGGGAAAUGGAACGGCUCGCUAGUGAGGUAUGCAUAUCCCUUACCUACCUCAUCUAUUCAAUUUUGAUCUACUUUGGCCCUCAAGGUGGUUUCACAGACACAAUCAUGAUAACCCUCAUGGAUAUGGCAUCUCAGACCGCUCGAAAUGGCCUCUUUUGUGAUGCCGAGUUAGCACGGACCAGACCAACAUGGGAAUCCUGGAUUGUCGCAGCCACAAAACGCCGUGCAAUAUUCACUCUCUAUCUCUUUAGCAACAUCUAUAACGCGGACCGUAUGCUACCUAAUUUCGUCGCAGAGGAGCUGAGAGGCGUAUAUGCACCGGGUAAUAAGACACUAUGGGAAGCGGCAGACCGAGAAACAUGGAAUAAGGAGUACGAUAGAUACCUACUAGAUUGGCAAGAUGGAAGCUUGGAAAUAUCUGAAUUAUGGCCAUCUCCGGAGAAGGAGGAGCCGGAACGGAGGAGAAGGAUCGAACGCUGGGUUCAAACAGUUGAUGAGUUCGGCAUGAUGAUGUAUAGUGUUUGUGCCCAUAUCCAUGGUUCCUAA